AUGAGCCACCUCUUCUAACAUUCACAACACCAUUAACACACCAAGUGAUGGUACCCAAACCAACCAAUAACUUUUUCCCUUUCCCCUUCUCUGCCACACACAUACACAGCAAAUUAAGCUAAGCAGCCAUAGCUCUUAGCUACUACAAGAACGGAUUAUUUACCAACGAACUCAUAUGAUUGUUCCUUAAAACUCAUCUCCAUUUCUGGGUCUCACAAACACUUUGUGAGAUAGAAAAUCAGAAAAAAUGGGAUUAACACAAAUCCUUCAAAAUUCCCAAAUCACUCUUCCAAAUCCCCAUUUGAAUUCCCUCUCCAAAAUCACCACUACCAACAAGAAGAUCGAUUCCAACAGCAUACCCACCAUGUCUGAAGUCAUGGAAGCUUCAAAGGCCCAAAACAUUCACCUUCAGCUUCAAACCCUAGGACCCUUUUUCAGAAUCACGGCCAAGAGCUUGGAAACCCAGAACGAGCUUGGGAGAGCCGAGGGCCUCAUAAGGGUCUGGUUUGGAGGCAGAGUUCUUCACCUGGACUCCAUUAGGUUGCGCAGAGAGACUUUGGGGAUGGAAAGGUCGAUCUUUGGCAUUGGUUUGUUUAUUGGAGCUGUGGCUAUCAGAUAUGGGUAUGAGUGUGGUUGUGGGUCAGCUGAGUUGCUUGCCAUCAAUGACUCUGAGCUCUACCAUUCCAAGCUUGUUAGGUUCUACAAGAGAAUUGGAUUUAAGGUUGUGCACGAAGUGACUGGUUCUUCGAUUGGAGACCUUGCUCACAUGUUGGUUUGGGGCGGCAUUGGGACUCGAAUGGAUGCCAACAUCACAGAGCUUCUCCUAAAGUGGUGCACCAGAUUCAAGUCUCCAAAUUGAUUCCGACGCUGUUUUUGCUUUGCUCUGCUGUUUGUACGUUUUGAACACUGAACUUUAUGUUUGGUUGUGGAAAUUUUGCAAAUAUGUCUUAGAUAUGAUUAAUGGAGACUUUCUUGUUACGAUAAAUUAUGUAUUUUGAAAAUAAGGUGUAUGGUGUGGAUUUAAACUUAUAUUGAAGUGAUAUGAGUCACAUCCAUAAUAACA